AUGCUAUUUGGGCAUCAAGAUGGGUAUAAAAACCGUCUUCAACAGAUGAUAGUCAGAAGCAGCAAUUGCCAAGAACAGGUCAUCGAGAACUGUUUAGAGAAGGCACGUUUCAUCAAGAUAUCUUCCAAAAUGAAUUCAACAGCUAAUAUCUGUCUGAUGAUCCUUGGAGUUCUGGUGGUCAUUGCCAACUGCGACCAAGACCUUUUGAAGAGAAGCUUCUCCGGACUUGGCUGCAUGGGCGUCUACGACAAAGCUAAGUUCGCCAGGUUGGACCGAGUAUGCGAAGAGUGCUACCAACUCUUUAGGGAGCCUGAAGUUCAUACCGAAUGCAGGUCAAACUGUUUUAAAAACACCUUCUUCGCCAGAUGCGUUGAUGCUUUACUACUUGAAAAAGAUCAACAACGACUGGACUCCAUGGUAGAAGAACUUUAUGGAAAGAGGCGAUAAAAUUUCCAAUACAGAAAUGACAUAUAAAAGGCUCCAAUUGUUAAAAAAUUCUCGUUUUUUUAUGUAA